AUGAAGGUCGUGGUUUAUUUCACUCUCCUCACCUCUGCAGUUCAUGCUGUUGUGCUGAGAAAAAGACAAAGUUGCCCGCAGGUUUGCGAUACCUCUCAGUGCCCAGCCCCGCCGCAGGCCUGUUACUACGGCCAGGUGAAGGAUGGAUGCAGCUGCUGCUUGGUGUGCGCAGCCGGGGAGGGGGACGCCUGCGGGGAUCUGAGCGGUGGCGGCCUCUCCUGCGGUGACGGGCUGCUGUGCGAGUCUGUCCCGGGGAAGCUCGAUAGGAUCCACAGCUCCUGCGUGUGCGCCUCCUCCGGCCCGGUGUGCGGCAGCGAUGGCAGGACUUACCCCAGCAUCUGCCGUCUGAGAGCCGAGAACAGGAGAGCCGAGCUCGAUGAGGCCCCCACGGUCAUUUUGAUCCAGAGAGGUUGGUGUGACUCAGGAAUGCAACAUCAAGGAAGUAUGCGCUACAAGUUCAACUUCAUUGCAGAUGUGGUAGAUAAGAUUGUCCCAGCUGUGGUGCAUCUGGAGCUUUUCCAAAGAGUGCCAUUUUCCGGUGAGGAGAUCUCUGUGUCAAGUGGCUCUGGGUUUGUAGUGUCAGAGGACGGCUGGACCGUCACUAACGCUCACAUACUUACCAACAAACAGAGGAUAAAAGUCGAGUUGAAAAGUGGUGUGCACUAUGAUGCUACAGUCAAGGAUGUGGACCAGAAGAUGGACAUUGCACUCAUCAAAAUCGAACCAGAUAGUCCCUUGCCUGUGCUCCAUCUCGGCCAGUCCUCAGACCUGCGCCCCGGUGAGUUCGUGGUGGCUGUGGGAAACCCUUUCUCCCUUCAGAACACCGUCACAACCGGCAUUAUCAGCACUGCCCAGCGCAAUGGCCUGGAGCUGGGCUUUAAGGACUCGGACAUGGACUACAUCCAAACUGACGCCAUCAUUAAUUAUGGCAAUUCUGGUGGGCCGCUUGUCAACUUGGAUGGGGAUGUAAUAGGUAUUAAUACUCUGAAAGUGGCAGCAGGAAUCUCUUUCUCCAUCCCUGUGGACAGAGUACGUCAAUUCCUUGCUGAUUCCUACAUCAGACAAGUCAAUGGAAAUACAGGACAAAAAAAGAAACACAUAGGUCCGGAUGCUGCAGCUCUCACCAGCCGCUGGCAUAAUCAAUCACGACGUCAUCAUCGGCAUCAAUGGGCAGCCCAUCCACACCAUAGAGGAAGUGAGGGAAGCUGUCCAGAAUGGUCGUGAACUUUCAGUGAUGUUGAGACGAAAGGAUAAGGAUGUCGUGCUAACUAUCAUUCCUGAGGACUGACUGAUACCACUGCCUAUACAUGUCAGCAAUUAAAGACAAAACAUACUUUAACAUACUGUACCGCUGGUAAUACAGCUGUCGGGGAUGUACCCUGCGUUAAUUGGUCUAUUUUGUGGUCACGAGUGAGAACAUUUUAUCAGUUCCUCAGGAUGAAGGCGCAAGGGCUCCUUUUUAGAGCUGCCAUUUUACACAGAAGUUCAAUGAUCUUAAGGAAGAAAUCGUCAAAGGAUAGACAAGGUUCUACACCUAUGACACGAAGCAACUAAACACAAUUGUAUCACAGCCCAGUCUUAAAAUGCAGAAACAUUCCAAUGCCCAUACACCCUAUUUUGAAGCAGUAAGAUGGAAAUUAAUGACUGAAGUAUAAUUAGACAGAAAACAGGUUUGUACACCAAAGAAAUGAACUAUCUGUGGUCACGAAAUGACUUGUGGAAUACAAUGAACGUGAAAAACUGGUGGAUAGAGGGUGAGUCCACCCAAAGCCAUGCAGAUACUUUUGAUUUUAUUUGCCCAAGUUUUAAAAAGUCCAUCUCUGAGAUUUAUGCCUCCACCCUGAUUUGUGGUGCUCACACCAUUAGAAAAUGUCAUUUUUGCUCCAGAUUGUGUAUA